AAAAAAGUUGUUUUUUUGGCUUUAUAUUUGUCUUGCAAAAUUUCAAUCCAGUCUAACGAACAAACAGAUAGAUUGGAUUAUGUAUAAAACCCUAUUAUCCACUGCCACAGUCAAUUAUAAUUCACCAAAACGGAGCAGAAAAAUUAAAUUAUACAAUACUCACAAAACCUGUGGGAAGUCUGGCUUAAACUGUUCAAGCGCAAUAACCAUGCGAAUUUUGGAAAACUAAAAACAUACGUCGAAGUCUACUUGCUUAGAAAUGCCUUUGUUUGGCAAAAAAGAUUCGGGCAAAAAAGCCAAGGCGAAGGACAUAAAGGAGCUCAAUAAGCAAGUGUCGAUUGAAGAGAAAUAUAAUCUUCACGGACUUCUUGGGACUGGAGCAUUUUCAGAAGUACGCCUAGCUGAAAGCAAAGAUCCGCCAGGCGAACACUUUGCAGUGAAAAUAAUUGAUAAAAAAGCUUUAAAGGGAAAGGAAGAAUCUCUGGAGAAUGAAAUUCGCGUUUUGAGGAGGUUCAGUGCAAAUCAUUUCGACGGCAAAUGUCCAAAUGGAAAGCGGUUAACUCAUCCAAAUAUAGUGCAACUCUUGGAAACGUAUGAGGACAAGUCAAAGGUGUACCUCGUUAUGGAGUUGGUUACUGGUGGGGAACUCUUUGAUCGCAUUGUAGAAAAGGGGUCCUACACUGAAAAGGACGCUUCUCAUCUCAUAAGACAGAUACUAGAAGCGGUUGAUUAUAUGCAUGAGCAAGGUGUCGUCCAUCGUGAUCUUAAGCCGGAAAACUUACUCUACUAUAGUCCCGACGAUGAUAGCAAAAUAAUGAUUAGCGAUUUUGGUUUAUCUAAAAUGGAGGAUUCUGGAAUUAUGGCUACAGCAUGUGGAACUCCAGGAUAUGUAGCUCCUGAGGUGCUAGCGCAAAAACCGUAUGGAAAAGCCGUCGAUGUGUGGAGUAUUGGAGUGAUAUCAUACAUUCUCUUAUGCGGCUACCCUCCGUUUUAUGACGAAAAUGAUGCUAAUCUUUUCGCACAGAUUUUAAAAGGUGAUUUCGAAUUUGAUUCACCCUAUUGGGAUGAAAUAAGCGAGUCCGCAAAGCAUUUCAUUAAAAACCUAAUGUGCGUGACAGUUGAGAAGCGGUAUACUUGCAAGCAAGCACUUGCCCAUGCUUGGAUUUCAGGAAAUGAGGCCAGCAGCAGAAACAUUCACGGAACGGUGUCAGAACAAUUAAAGAAAAACUUUGCAAAAUCUCGUUGGAAGCAAGCCUAUUACGCCGCUACAGUGAUCCGCCAAAUGCAGAGAAUGGCGCUCAACAGCAAUAGUAGUGCUAAUUUUGAUUCUUGCAAUAGUAGUAACCAAAAAGACUCUACAACUCCAACGGCAGCGACUGGGGCGUGGACUUCUGAUGUUUUCUCAUCGCAGCAAUCUGCACAAUCUGCACAAGAAGUCAGCAAGUCGGGAGGCAGCACAAAUGCAUCACAGUAGCAAAGUUGAUAUUCAAAAUAAUGUUACAUAUAUGAUGUUUUAAAUUACAUUUUUGAAUUUUAACUAUUGUCUAGUCUAGUAAAUAUCUCGUACUUA